AUGUUUGGCACAGGGUCCAAUCUCGAUUGGUCGGCUUCCAUUCUCUCGAAAUGCUCGGCAACGAGUCAACAGACAUUCGAGGAACAUUGCAAGGCGCGUUGCGCGCACUGGGCCCGUGCAGAGAGGCAGAACAAACGUUGGCCUUAUAUAAUCUUGCAGAGAGUGCCCAAUUCCAGCAAACGACUUCAAUACGGGAUGGUCAGCGGUGCUCAAGCAGCAGUUUCCAGGAGGACAUCCGUCAUCGAAAAGCUAAAAAAUGCAAAACUUCCCGAAUAUACUCAAGAUAGUUUUGCAGCGUCUGAUCUCUUGUUGCCUAGUUCGGGUCGCACUAUCUUGACUCAUGGUACACUAAGGAUGUGGCAGAGUACCGAGGGGCGUGAAGUCGUUAGUAUGGUCGUCGUCAAAUCUCUGGACAGUUCAUACGCUAUCCAUAGAACAAGAGGUAAGGAAGAGGAGGAUAAAUAUAGAGAUAAGCUGUUUUCUUACUUCGAAAGGGAAGUUGGCAUCUGGUUACGUGCCCGAUCACAUCCGAACAUCACCUCAGUCUGUGGAUUCAUCCCCUCUUAUGGCGAAAAAAGCCUUCCGGCACUCGUAUUCCCGUACUAUCCCCUCGAAAAUCUUCGCUUGUACGUUGACCGACAGGCCACUCCCCUGAGUGACAAAUCGAAGCUUCUUCUUCUAUGCGAUGUGGCACAUGGUCUGAAAUACUUACACGGUUUGCCGGAUCCAAUUAUACAUAGAGACCUCUCCGGGUCAAAUGUUCUCUUGAAAGAGACUGCUUCAGAGAUUGUCGCUUGUAUCAACGAUUUUGGGUCAGCAAAACUCAUCGAUCCAGCUUUGAACUUCUGGCAGCCGCCAGAAUAUCUGAAAUCCGGGACCUAUCUUGAGAGCUAUACAAACCCAAAGCCGUCGGGCGAUAUAUGGUCAUUUGCGUGUGUUGUACUAGAGAUACUUAGCGAAAGCGACCCGUGGCCACGAAGUACUGAUGUGGCUGGCGAGCUCCGAAAAGGCAAACAUCCGCCAUUCCCUAACAAAGAAUUCGAGAAGAAAUUCGGGGAUUUUCUUGAAGGGUGCUGGGGCUGGAAAGCUGGGAAAUCUUGGCCAAAAUUGCGGUAUACAGCCGAGAAAGCAGUUUCGAAGCUAGAUAAUCUUAUUAAGGCAGAAGAUGAAUUGCCGGAUAAUGGUACAGGUCAUAUUAUCUAG